AUACCCUCUUUAAAAAGAAUAUUUAUUUAUUCCUCAGAAAAUGGCAACAAUAAGAAGAAAUGCUGCUCCAGAAAAAGAAAAAAAGAUUGGGGUAUUAUUGUCUGCUUCACAGACAGGAACCAAAAGAACAAGCCAUGAUUCAAUUACUGCAACACCAAAACGAAUCCCGAUUUAUCCGAAACCCGCAGCAAAUUCGAACAACAAUGUCUCUAAGCCAAUGGUCAAAAAACCAGCCCCCACUCAGAGUACUACUACUACAACUGCCCCUAAAUCGACACUCGCAGCAAGAAGAUCAACCUUAGACAAAACUCCAAUAACACAGACACCAAAAACGCGAAUAAUCUCAACUAAUAAUCCGUCUAUUCGGUCUUCUUCUUCCUCGAUUUCUGCGAAAACCAGUGUUCCGCAGAAACCGGUUCCCGGCAAGAACUCGAAUGGAGUGACUAAGGAUGUGGUGAAACCUAUAGUGAAGAGGAGCAUCACCACCGUACAGAAGCAAGACAUCACUAAAAAACGUACUACUACCAACAACGACGAAAAAGUAGUGACUAAGGAUGUAGUGAAACGUACCCUCGGUAAGAGCAUCACCGCCACUAAGAAGCAAGAGAUCACUAAACAGAGUCCUACGACUACUACUACUCAGAAAAUCACGAGGUCGAAUAUAUCUAAAGGCCCGGAACCCGAAAUUCAUCCCGAACAUCAAGAAUCUUCCGUUGAUGCAGAUGAAGAACAGAAGGUUCUUCAAUCUGCGAGCAACGGCGAGAAGGGUAAUACAGUCAAUUACGAGGCGGACGAUCAAGAACCGUUGAAUUUUGAGGGAACUGAAGAUGGGGGCGAUGAUCAAGAUACCAAGGCUGUGACUGAUGAGGAUUUUACAUUUUUGGAAAACCAGGACGACCCUCUCGUUAUCGAGACACAAGAACCAGAGGAGCACAAGUCAUAUGUUGAAGAGAUCAAAAGCAUGCAAAACGAAUCAGAAGAACAUAGUACGGAUACUAUGAAUACUAUGAAUGAAAUAAACAGCAGUAAUAAUGGUGAAAGUGUUGCAGAUAAUAAACCCAAUGAAGAGGCAGAAGAAAAGGAGGUCGUUGAGGUGAAAGAAGAAAUAGAAAAACACGAAGAAGAAGAAGAAAAAAAAAUAGCAGAGGAAAAGAAAGAAGAAUUGGCUACUGAAGAGUUCAAAGAACAAAAGCAGCAAGUAGCAGUCGAGGAAAAAAAGCAAGAACCGGCACAUACGGUUACAAAACAACAACAAUUUUCAGGACAAGGGAAGAAGGAUUCACCAGUUUCUAACAAUGUGAUCGAGGAGACCGCGAGCAAGCUUCGUCAGCAGAGGCAAAACAAGGUCAAAGCUCUCGCAGGGGCAUUCGAGACAGUCAUAUCUUGCAGUAAACUAAAGUGAUCUAACAGUUCAUAUAAUAUGCUUAGGUUUCUUGAAUGAAAAAAAAAAAAAACAGACUUCAAUUCAGACAGGAGUUGGUAGAUUUAUUCAUCACAGUAUAACUUGUUGUUUUCAUGGUUGGUUAUUACAAGGAGAUGGUAAUCCUAUAUGUAUUUUUUUUCCUAAGAUUUUUUUUCCCCAUUUAUCGCCUUUUAGUUAUAUGUACAAGAACAUCACUAGAUUAUAAUUUCGAGUUUUUAUAGAGGAUGAUUGAUUU